UGCGUACUUUGCCCUUUCUGUUGCGCUGAUUGUAGUUAUGCUGGGCUGUGGAGGGACCGCUCUCUGCGUGUUUCACAGGCGGCUUUUAUCACCCGGACUCAAAGUCGCACCUCGCAGCCUGCGCACCAUGUCGUCUCCCGGGUCGACCCAGGCGAAACUGCCAGUGACUCUGCUGGGAAGCAUGGCUUUCGGGGGGCGCGCAGACGCGGAUACCAGCGCUGCCAUGGUGCGCGCUUUCUUAGAGCGGGGACACAGCGAGGUGGACACAGCGUACAUGUACGUGGAGGGACAGGCAGAGACCGUCAUUGGGGGAAUGGGAUUACCCAAGACAGUUAAAAUCGCCACCAAGGCCAAUCCCUGGGACGGCAAGACGCUGAAGCCAGAGAGCAUCCGCUCUCAGCUGGACACCUCUCUGAAGAGACUGCAGACCCAGACCGUCGAUAUCUUCUACCUGCACGCUCCCGACCACGAGAACCCCGUCGAGGACACGCUGCGAGCCUGCCACGAGCUACACAGGGAGGGCAAGUUUAAAGAGCUUGGCCUGUCCAACUAUGCCUCCUGGGAAGUGGCUGAAAUCUCUUGCAUCUGUAAACACAAUGGCUGGAUUCGGCCCACCGUUUACCAGGGAAUGUACAAUGCCACCACUCGUCAGGUUGAGACAGAGCUGCUGCCUUGUCUGAGGUACUACGGAAUGAGGUUCUACGCCUAUAACCCUCUGGCCGGUGGGUUACUUACGGGGAAAUACAAAUUUGAAGACAAGGACAACUUGCAGCCGUCUGGCAGGUUUUUUGGAAACGACUGGGCAAAAGCGUACCAGGCGAGGUACUGGAAGAAGCACCAUUUCCAGGCAAUAGAUCUCGUGCAGAAUGCUUUGCAGGCAGCAUAUGGUUCCAGCAAGCCCACAAUGACCUCGGCAGCCCUGCGCUGGCUGUACCAUCACUCCCAACUUCAGGGCGAGCGUGGCGACGGCGUGAUCCUGGGCAUGUCUACCAUGGAGCAGCUGAAGCAGAACCUGGCCGCCGUGGAGGAGGAGCCGCUGUUGCCCAGCGUGGUGGAGGCCUUCGGGCAGGCCUGGGACCUGGUGGCACACGAAUGCCCCAACUACUUCCGCUAGAGACACCAGAACAGGUCACACCGCUAACGGGAACUUCGUAUACAGGGUUAGAGUUUGUCUUCCCAAGCGCAUCGAUGUAGAAAUUCUGUAACUUUACAACAAUUACACGUGUCAUGAUUUCAGAGACCCUGGGCUUGGGCUGCGUGCGUGCAUGCGUGAUAACCUCUAAAUAAAUCUUGACAUACUAAUGUACAGGAGAGGCCACUAUAACAUCCUGAAAUGUAUUUCAAAUAAAAUUUUAAAACGUU